GGAACACACAUGCAGAGGGGUGAGGAAAUAAGAGGACAUCCAACAUAGCAGUGACAAGAAGAGAUUUGAAUUGAGUUGGAUUUGUUGCAGAUCUUCAGAACACAUAUUGGUCCUACAUUCUCUCUCCUUACACUGACAGAGUAACAUUGACUCGUUGUAUCUUUCGCUCUCUGGACCGAGAGGAACACAAACCCACCCAGGUAGUUGUGUGUGUGGGCUAAGCUGAGGGAUGUCUGUGUUUGUGUCUCUGUGGUGUGAGGAGGAGGUUCGAGGCCAGCAUGGCCAGGGGGCCCAGCAGGGCCAGGCCAGGGGCCAGUCACAGCUCCGGGCCCCCUGGGACCCCAGUGUGUCUGGGCAGCGGGUCAUCCAGGGGCUGUUACAGGUGGAGGAGAGAUAUCUGCCCUCUGCCCUCUACGUCGCCCUCAUCCAGAGAGAGCCAGAGCGCAGAGAGGAGCUCGCCAAGUGGGCCAUGGAGGUAUGCUGUGAGUGUGGCUGUGACGAAACAGUGUUUCCCCUGUCUGUCUCUAUGUUGGACCGCUUCCUGUCUGCCUCCCUGUCUCUACCUGUCUCACCCUACUGCCUGGCUGCAGCCUGCAUCCUCAUCGCCUCCAAACUAACAGAGUGCGACACAGUCUCUGCUGACUCUCUUUGUGCUGCAGCUGAGUACAGCUUCCUGCCCUCCAACAUACGGGAGAUGGAACGUGUCAUCCUUGCGACUCUUCGAUGGGACGUGGCUGCGGUAACCCCUCAGGACUUCAUCCCACAUUUCCUUCCCCCUGUUGGGGAGAGGAAGGAUGGAGAGACAGACACAGAGGAGUUCUUCUCCACACUGCGUCGGCAUAGUGACACCCUGGUUGCCAUGUGUGUCUGCGACUACCGUUUCCUGGGAGCCCCUCCAUCCCUGGUUGCUGCGGCAGCGCUGAACUCUGCCCUCCGGGGGUUGGGCAACAAGGGUCCAGGUCAUCUGGGUCAUAUGAGUGCUACACUGGCAGAACUGUGUCAGAUUGACCUGAUGGUGUUGCAGUGUUACAGUGAGCUGAUAGAAGCUGCCCUCAAACAACGGCUCAGAGGUGGACUCCAAGACAGUGCCAUGGAGAAGGAUGGAGAAAUAGAGGAUGAAAGAGCAGGCACUCCUACUGAUAUGAGAGAGAUUGAUUUCUAAACACUAAAUUGUGUGUGGCAUUCAAAGUGUGAAUCAAUCAAAGUCCUGCAUGUAGCUCAUCAGUGAAACUGAUAUAAAUUCUAUAUGACCUCAAAUGCUCUACAAUGUAUUAUCAUAUUUUGAAAUGACUUCAAUUUAAUAUAGUUUAUUUAUUCAUUGUGUGUUUUCUGUGCCAUAUUUAUUAUCUAUUUCAUGACUGUGAUUCUUUGUCAUUGUGUUGAUAGUAUGUCCUUAAUCUAUUAUUUAUCAAUUUAUUUAUUAUGUGCAAUUACGUAAUGUUAAUUUAUUUCAAUUCACCAUUGUUUGUGUUUGUAUGUGAUGUGACACGGUAUUUGAUGAAAUAAUAUACAUAGAUAUCUAUUUUUCAAAGUAAUUAAAUAAAUAAAUACAUACUUUUA